UUAGGUAUAUUAGCUAUUCAAAUAUGACGAAUAAGACAAAUAAAGAAUCAAACUUUUUUAUUGAUUUUAUGAUGGGCGGUAUUUCUGCUGCUGUUGCAAAGACGUCUGCUGCACCUAUUGAGCGUGUUAAGCUUUUGAUUCAGAAUCAAGAUGAGAUGAUCAAAGCAGGGCGUCUGUCUCACCGCUAUACUGGUAUUGUUAACUGUUUUUCGCGUACUGUCCAAGACGAGGGUAUCAUUUCGCUUUGGAGAGGCAAUACUGCAAAUGUUCUUCGAUAUUUCCCUACCCAGGCUCUUAACUUUGCUUUUAAAGAUAAAUUUAAAAAAAUGUUUGGUUUUAAUAAGGAGCGUGAUGGUUACUGGCCUUGGUUUUUUGGAAAUCUUGCUUCUGGAGGUUGUGCUGGUGCAGCAUCUCUUCUUUUUGUGUAUUCACUUGACUAUGCUCGGACACGUCUUGCAAAUGAUGCUAAAUCUGUCAAAAAAGGCAGUGAGCGUCAAUUUAAUGGUCUGAUUGAUGUGUAUAGAAAAACACUCGCGUCUGAUGGCAUUCGUGGGCUUUAUCGCGGUUUUGGUCCCUCUGUUGCUGGUAUUGUUGUAUAUCGUGGCCUUUAUUUCGGACUUUAUGAUUCAGUGAAACCUGUUGUACUCACUGGGCCUCUUGAGGGGAGCUUUAUUGCUUCUUUUAUUCUUGGUUGGGUCGUUACUACUACUUCUGGGCUUGCUUCUUAUCCAAUUGACACUGUCCGGCGGCGUAUGAUGAUGACAUCCGGUGAGGCUGUUAAGUAUUCUUCUUCCUUCCAGGCUUUUGCACAAAUCAUCUCCAAUGAAGGUUUCCGUAGCCUUUUUAAGGGUGCUGGUGCUAAUAUUCUCCGCGGUGUCGCUGCUGCCGGUGUUAUUUCUAUGUACGAUCAGCUCCAGUUGAUUGUUUUUGGCAAGAAGUAUUCUGGUGGUUCCUCUUAGGGAUUCUUAUCCAAUUUUGCUGUAUCAAAGCCGUUUCUCCAUCUAA